AUGUCUGGCGCUCAAGAGGACAUGAUCGGUUACGCACAGGAGCUCGACAUCACGGUAGCUUCUCGACCAUCGUCUCGGCCGUCAAGCAUGGAGCGGCAAACAAAACUUGCUCAUCUUAAGCUUGUUUCCAAGUAUUACGGAUACGCCAACUUCUCAUACCCUCGACCCGACGGCACUCCGACUCGCAAUCCAUACAGAAGAGCCGGUCAAACAUACUCAUCCGAAGACCUCACUCAAGAUUACGACCAUCGCGGCCUUGCUUGCCCAGAAACUCCAACCAAACGAGAUCGUACUUCCAUGGGCUCGCAAGGCUCCAACAGUUCAGCACCCAGUCUCAUUGAUGAUCGGACUGAUUCCGAAGUAUCGCUCGACGACGACUACCAGUACCACGCUUCCGCAACUCAGCUUUGGGACACCUUCUGGCCGAUUGAUGAGGGAAAGACCCAGCAGACUCCAGAAAAGGCCAAGACCCAUUAUCCUGCCUUGAUCCCGUCACCACAUAUCCGCAGGGCGAAGAAGACGGGUUGCAUCAACUACAACGCUUACCCCCUACCACCCCGACCUGUCGAGUAUAACAUCCAGGUCCAGCACUCACCAUCUCCAACCCCUUCCACCACCGAGGACCCUGUGACCGAGCCCCAACCACCCGCAAGUAUGCCAGCGUCACCGGUCCCCCAUCCUGUUCGGGGCCCCGAGGACCUUGAGCCCCAGAGCCUUCCAGAACUUCGCCGGACCAUUCGUGCCACGCCGACAAUAGGCACAUCGUCGGGUCUAGAUACGCCUAAAUCUUUCUUCGACUUUGACUCGGACUCGGACUCUGACGAGGAAGAGCCCGAGCACACCAUCUCUCGCUUCGUCAAGACGCUGCACAAGCGAACCGCCAGCGAGACUCGCCGGAGCGCCAAGGGGGCAGCCUAUGCGGAUGCGCAGCUCCGCAAGAUUCGCGUCGAGACUGAGGCUGAAAGGAUUCGCGAGAACCAGAUGAUCUUUGAGCGACACAAGAGAUCCGGUGCCGUCUUUGGACGCAUGUUUGGACGUACGCAUGCAAGAUCUCCAAACGCAUGA